AUGGACGCCCGCUCGUACAAAGACAUCCGCGCCCGGUCCGGACACACCUACCACACCUUCGUCGCCCCGCCGCGCGACGCGUCCAAGCUCACCCUGCUCUUCGUGCACGGCUUCCCGUCGACCGCGCACGACUGGCGCCACCAGGUCGCGUUCUUCCUCCGCGCCGGCUACGGCGUCGUCGCGCCCGACCUCCUCGGGCAUGGGGGGUCCGACAAGCCGGCGCACCUCAAGUACUACGCCCCGAGCAGCAUCUGUGCGGACCUCGUCGACAUCCUCGGGCAGGCCAAGGUUGGGCGCGCGGUGGCGGUCGGGCAUGACUGGGGCUCUAUCGUGACCUCGCGCCUGGCGUCGUACUACCGGGAACGGUUCGCCGGCUUCGCGUUCCUGUCGGGCGGGUACUACCCCUCGCUCGCCGGCUUCCAGAUAAAGGACGCGAUCGAGCACAACGUGAAGCACUUCAAGGCCGAGCUGUUCGGGUACUGGCUCUUCCUGGCCGAGGACCAUGCAAAGGACAUCGUGAACGCGCACCUCGAGUCUAUGCAGAGCAUCUGGUACGCUGCUGACCCCGGCCUCUGGAAGACUGUGCUUUCGCCCCCCGGCCCUCUCAAGGCGUGGCUGCUGGCCAACAAGAAGGCGCCCUUGGCGCCGUACAUCACUCCGGAUGAGAAAGCCCGCAUGCUAGCGGAGUGGGGCAAGACGGGCCUCGGCCCCGCGCUCAACUGGUUCAAGGUCUUCUCCUCCGGCCUCAUGUCCGAGGACGACAAAGCCGUGAAGCCCGAAUGGAUGCGGCUCGACCACCCGGUGUACUUCGCGGCGUGCGCGCGCGACCACGUGUGCCUCGCGGAGCCGUCCGCGCUGAUCGUGCGGCAGUUCUGCACGAAGGCCACCGUGGAGACGUUCGACACCGGGCACUGGGUGCAGCUUGAGCAGCCCGAGAAGCUGAACAGGGCGCUGCUGGCGUGGCUCGAGAAGGCUGUCGGCAAGUGA